ACGCACUUGUCAUCACAAAAUAAUCGUCGGGUUUUUUGUAAAAUUGUAAUAAUUGCUGUGAUUAAAUUAAUUAGUGAGAAAGACUGCUAACGGCGUAAUAUUUAUUCGUAUUAUUUAAACAAAAGUUAAACCAUGUGUGUUUUUUGUUAGAAAACUAUGUAAUUUUUAAUGUAAUCGGGAUGUCUGCAAAACCGACGAUUUACCAUGAAAAACAAGUUAAAGAACUGUGCGCGCUGCACGCACUUAACAAUUUAUUCCAGGUGCGCGGGACAUUUUCGAAGAACGAGCUGGACGGGAUCUGCAGCCGGCUGUCGCCGAACGUGUGGAUCAACCCGCACCGCUCCAUGCUGGGGCUGGGCAACUACGACAUCAACGUGAUCAUGGCGGCGCUGCAGCUGAAGGGCUGCGAGGCCGUGUGGUUCGACAAGAGGAAAGACCCGGGCUGCCUUGACCUAUCAAACAUCUGUGGGUUCAUUCUGAAUGUGCCCUCUGACUACAAGUUUGGCUUCGUCAUGCUGCCCCUGCGCCGACGUCACUGGAUCGCCAUCCGUCAGAUCCAGGGAAACUUCUACAACUUGGACUCCAAGUUGGACGCGCCCCAGCUCAUUGGAAGAAGCAGUGAUCUUAUAGCCUACCUAAAGCAACAGAUGGAGUGUAAAGAAAAAGAGCUCUUUGUGGUCGUAAGCAAGGAAGUAGAAGAAAAGCAGCUCUGGAUGAACCAGUUCACCGUCACCUCGCCAACCCACAGCGCCCCCCUCAACCACUGUGACAGCCCCGACAGCGUUUCAGACACCAGUAACCCGUAUGAGUCUAAAAAUGAUAGUGUGGAGUGUCUUCAAAUUCAUGAAGUGCGGAACUGUUCUUUGGCAGUUAAUGACUUUUAAAACUGUACUUCUAAUUCCAUUAGACUGACUGUGUG